UUCGGCUCAACCCUUUAAAUAUCAGAGGCGCUGGAGCAGAGGGACAGUCAGGAUCCGGCAGCUGAGGAGUAGCUUUGGACUGAAGCCAUGGACGUUCCUCCUCUCAUGCUCCUGCUGGGUCUGCUCCACCUGACCUGGACUGGAGUGUUGAGCAGACACACAGAUCACAGAAAUCUGUUCACACAGAGAGCGUGCUGCAAGAGACAGAGCCAUGUUGUAUAUAUUGGACAAGACAUCUCAGGGGGUCCUGUCAGCAUAGACGUGGGGAUGUGCAGGCCACACUGCGGGGGGGGGUCCAGGUCGUCACAUGACGCUGCACAGCAGGAGUAUUCGAAGUACUCGUCGAUGCUGGAAUUUCUCAAGAGCAAAAGAAUUAAAGCGCGCGGCUCGGACGCUCCGGAGGCGGCGGCGCCGACCCAGCUGCCCUCGUGCGGGAUGAACCAGGCGUGCGAGCCCACCGGCAUGCGGGUGGAGCGGGUGCUGCUGCUGGAGGGCCCGCGGGAGGUGGAGGUCAUCGAGGAGUGCCACUGCGAGAUCCGGCUGUCGCAGUGCUUCCGCGUGCCGGCGCUGCGGACGUAUUACUCGGACACGCCGUACGAGGCCGUCAUCGACGUGGGAGGAUGCUCCCGGUCCAAGGGCUCCCCGGAGGGGUUCUCCUGUGUCCCCACGGUGUUCGACUCGGCCUUGGUGGAAACGCCCAACAAAGUGGACCUGGUCCAGACUGUGGUGGCCUGCGAGCUGAAGGAGAGCUGCUACCGGGUCUCACAUGUAGAGUAUUACUACGAAGCCGUGUACCACGCAGAGGGAGUCAAAGAGGAGCGGCUCAAAGUAAGUCCACCUCGUCUGGGUUUCCUCCGGCGCGCGUGGACCAGAACCUUCUUUGACGACGCCACUUUCGCCUCUUUUGUGAUCGCGUGGGGAGGAAAUGGGGCGGGAGUCGGGCGUCAGACCGUAAUGAAGUGUCUUUAUUCACCAGCCGUGCGUCGGGGGCAGCACUUAAUCAAGCUAAUCCGCUGCUGGGCGGCUGGCACCGCACGCCCCCGCUGUGAAGGGCCUCGGCGUGUGUGCUCCAUGCUUAUUCAUGCGCGGCCCACGGCAGCAGACGCCAUCAGUUUCAUUUGCAAAUGA